AUAGUGACGUUUGCACAAAGUUUAGCGCCAUCUUUGUUUUUGUCGUGGGCGAACACAUUUAUUUUUCCGUCAUUCGCUGUAGUUACGCAUACACAUAUUUAACAUUAAUAUAUAUAUACUUAUACAAUAUAUAUAUAAUAAGCGACUAUUCUUUGUUACCAAUUUAUUUUAAAAAUAUAUAUUUAAGCAAUCACCAGAACUUUGUCGCUUCGUAUUUGGCUCUUCAUCUAAACUGCUUUAGUUCGUUUGUCUUGGUGACUGCAUAUUUACCCCCUGUUCAUCCGUCCAUAAUCAUAUAUCAGCUGUUGGUCGAAAGCCCGGGUCGAUUUGUUGUUGUUGUUGUUGGUGUCGUUGUUGUCGUACAACCGUUUCGGAUUAUUUUUCAUUUGCUUCUCAUGGAUGAUCAAGAUAUUCUUACGACUCUUAAGAUCCUCAUCAUUGGAGAAAGUGGAGUUGGAAAGUCCAGUCUGUUGCUACGUUUUACUGAUGAUACAUUUGAUCCAGAGCAAGCUUCCACUAUAGGUGUUGACUUCAAAGUUAAGACUUUGGCAGUGGAUGGAAAUAAAGCAAAGCUUGCCAUCUGGGACACUGCUGGUCAAGAAAGAUUUCGCACUUUAACUCCAAGCUAUUACAGAGGUGCACAAGGUGUUAUUCUUGUUUAUGAUGUGUGCAGUAAACAGUCAUUCAGCAAACUUGAUGCCUGGCUGAAUGAAUUGGAAACCUUUGCCACUAAACACGACCUGGUCAAGAUGCUCGUAGGCAACAAGAUUGAUAAGUAUGUUGAUAGCAACGGAAUGUCUACAGCUGAAAGGAGAGAAGUAAGCAAAGAAGAAGGUUUAAAGUUUGCCCGUAAACACCACAUGCUGUUUAUUGAAGCAAGUGCAAAGACAAGAGAAGGUGUUCAGUGUGCAUUUGAAGAACUUGUUGAAAAGAUCAUCCAGACACCAGGACUCUGGGAAACUGAUAGACAAGGACUGAGGCUUACAAAUGGUGCCACAGAAGGAUCUUACUCAGCUUGUAGUGGAUAUUGUGUAAUAUAGAUAUUAGGCAUGUGUGAAUGUGUAUUUGUAUGUAUGAAUGUGUGCAACGCUGUAUAUCUUGACAUGUUGACAUGUGUGUGUGGAUGUGUAUGUUUUCUUUGCCUAAAAAUCUUGUAAAUAAAGACAAUUCCACAAAGAUAGUAUUAA